UUUGUUGAGCGAAUCUGCUUCCACGCUGCCUUCUCUUCCUGUCUGUUUUCACGCCUGUUGACAGGUUGGAAACGUUCCUGACGAUUCAAAAACAGGUUGACUCUCCGAGGAAAGCGUUAGUUACAGUCUCUGAUGUGUGAGCUGAUGUCAACGUAAUGAGGCUGUUUGUUUGACAGAGAUGAACAGUGAAAAUUUCGGCCUGAGUGAGAAGAUCGUGUCGUCCGCCUACAUCCGACAGGGGAGCCAGGCACGCCGAAGCCACGAGCAGCUCAUCAGACACCUCCUGGAGCAGGGAAAGUGUCCAGAGGAGGGAUGGAGCGAGAGCACCAUAGAGCUCUUUCUGAAUGAGCUGGCUGUGAUGGACAGCAACAACUUCCUCGGAAACUGUGGUGUCGGAGAGCGGGAAGGCAGAGUGGCAUCCAGCCUUGUGGCGAGACGGCAUUACAGGUUGAUCCAUGGCAUCGGUCGAUCGGGUGACAUUGCUGCUAUUCAGCCCAAAGCUGCAGGAUCCAGCCUGCUUAACAAGCUCACCAACUCAGUGGUGUUGGACAUCUUAAAGCUCUCAGGUGUCCGCAGCGUGGCGAGCUGCUUCGUGGUUCCCAUGGCGACAGGGAUGAGCUUGACUCUGUGCUUUCUGACCCUCCGUCACCGUAGACCCAAGGCUCGCUACAUCAUCUGGCCUCGCAUCGACCAGAAGUCCUGUUUCAAAGCCAUGAUCACAGCAGGCUUUGAGCCCGUGGUGGUGGAGAACCUUCUUGAGGGCGAUGAGUUGCGGACGGACUUGGAAGCGGUUGAGCGGCAAAUCACGGAGCUCGGUGCCGAGAACAUCCUAUGUGUUCACUCGACAACAUCCUGCUUUGCCCCUCGGGCCCCCGACAGGCUCGAGGAGCUGGCCUCUAUGUGUGCCAAAUAUAACAUUCCACAUAUAGUAAACAAUGCAUACGGAGUGCAGUCAUCCAAAUGCAUGCACCUCAUACAACAGGGAGCUCGUGUGGGGAGAAUCGAUGCCUUUGUUCAGAGCUUGGACAAGAACUUCAUGGUUCCAGUAGGUGGCGCUAUAAUAGCAGGUUUUGAUGAGUCCUUCAUACAGGAGAUAAGCAAGAUGUACCCAGGUCGAGCAUCCGCCUCACCUUCCCUCGACGUCCUCAUUACCCUUCUCAGUCUGGGAGCCAACGGCUACAAAAAACUCCUGUCAGAAAGAAAGGAGAUUUAUUUGUUGCUGGCUCAGGAGCUGAAGAGUCUGGCCUCAGCACAUGGGGAGAGAUUGAUUCACACCCCACAUAACCCCAUUUCACUGGCCAUGUCUCUGGAUGGACUCCAGGCUGAGAGCGACAAGGCAGUGACUCAGCUGGGCUCCAUGCUGUUCACCCGGCAAGUGUCAGGAGCAAGGGUUAUACCGCUGGACAAGGAGCAGACCAUAAGCGGCCACACGUUCCGCGGCUUCAUGUCGCACUCUGAGGCGUACCCCUGUCCUUACCUCAACGCCGCCUCGGCUGUGGGAAUCACUCGUGAGGACGUGACGCUGUGCAUCAAAAGGCUCGACAAGUGCCUGAAGACCCUGAAGAAAGAGGGAAAUGCUGCACAAAGUAGUCCCCAGGUUCUGCUAUCUGGACAUGAGGACACUAGCCAGGGAGUAACUGAGCAAAAAUAAAAAAUCUGACAGUCAAAGAAGACCAAAUAAUUUCUGAAGGUGAGCUUGUAUGAAGAAUAUUAAAGGACACGAGCUUUGUACAAAUAUGACUUAAGAGAAUCUGAAUGUUCACCACUGAAUUGUAAGUAACGCCAACGUGUCUGCAAAGACGAUUUGAUUGUUGUCUGUAUAUGUUGAGCAUUUCUUCCUUUGUUAUGGGAUUUUGACUUCAAAUAGAUUAUGGGUCUACAAUCAA